AUGUCGCGCAGUUCCGCGCCGGACCUCCAGCCGGGCCACACGCCGUCUCCACCGUGCCGCUUUCGCCGUCGUUCGCCAUCGCCGCCGCCACGACGUCCGCGCCACCGAGCCGACACCGUCACCGAGCGCGUCAUCGAGAAGUCGACCUCAACUGUGGUCUACCCGGUCCUCGGCCGCAACGACUACACCGACUGGUCACUUGUCAUGAAGGUGAACCUCCAGGCGGCGGAGCUGUGGGACGUCAUCGAGUCCGGCGACGGCGAUUUUCCUACCGACCGCAAAGCUCUGGCCGCGCUCCUUCGAGCUGUGCCUCAGGAGAUGAGGGCAGGGCUGGCCGUCAAGAGGACUGCGCGCGAGGCGUGGGACGCGAUCCUUUUGAUGCGGAUGGGCGCCGAUCGAGUCAAGGAGGCAAACGCCGAGAAGCUGAGGCAGGACUUCGCCGACAUCACGUUCAAACCCGGUGAGCUUGUAGAAGAUUUCGCCUUGCGUAUUAACACCUUGGCAAAUGAACUGCGAGUUCUCGGGGAUCCCGUGACGGAGAAGGAGGUGGUGAAGAAGAUGCUGCAUGAAGUGCCGGAGAAACUGGAGAGCGUGGCGAUCUCCAUGGAGACCCUCCUCGACUUGAACUCUCUGUCGUUGGAGGAAGCCACUGGACACCUGCGCGCCGUCGAGCGACACAAGAAGAAGGUGUCUGGUGGGAAGGACAGCGCCGGCCGCCUGCUUCUCACGGAGGAGGAGUGGACCGCCCGCAUGAAGAAACGCGACGGCAGCAGUUCCGGCGCGGGAUCUGGUGGCCGCGAGCGCCGGAACAGCGGCAAGCCGCCGCGCGGGAGCGGUCAAGACGGCGGCAAGGCGUCCGCGUCCAAGGCAGGCCCAACGGACGUCUGCGACUACUGUGGGAAGAAGGGCCAUUGGGCCGUUGAAUGCCGCAAGAAGAAGUGUGAUCAGGCCCAGGCCUUUGUGGCCCAAGAAGAGGAGGAGGACCAGGCUCUGCUAAUGGCCCAUGGCGUCGUCCUCAACACCGAACCCCCCUCGGGUGCUCAGGCUCCGCCGCCGCCGCCGCCCGAGCGCGUUGUCUGCUACUAUUGCGGGAAACAAGGCCAUUCAGUCACUGAUUGCCGCAAGAAAAGGGGCACUGAUUUGCCCCCAAGUGCUCAGACUCCACCACCGCCGCCGUCAGAGCGCGGCGUCGUCGUCGUCGAGCAGAAGGUCCACGCGGAUCUGGGGCCCAGCGAGGAGGGAGACGAUCACCUCUGGGUCCUGGACACUGGGGCCACAAACCACAUGACCGGCUGCCGCCAUGCCUUCGCCGAGCUUGACUCCAAGGUGUGCGGCAACGUCCGGUUCGGCGACGGCUCCGUGGUGGAGAUCGAGGGGCGCGGGACCAUUGUGUUCAUCUGCAAGAACGGCGAGCAUCGAGCACUGACGGGGUCUACUACAUCCCCAAGCUCAAGGCGAACAUCAUCAGUCUCGGUGACCCGGAGUCCGGCGCGUCUCUACCAUCUCCACCUCAACAUUGGGCAUCCCGUGUGCUUGUCCGCGCGCGCCUUCGAGCAGGCGUGGCUCUGGCAUGCGCGAUUCGGCCACCUCGGCUUCAUCUCCCUCAAGAAGAUGGCGGCGCAACAGAUGGUGCGCGGCCUGCCACUCCUGGAUCAGGUGGAUCAGGUGUGCGAUGGGUGCCUCAUCGGCAAGCAGCGGCGCGCAUCGUUCCCGGCGUAG